AUGACGACGGAUCGCCACCCGAGCCACCCUCUAAACUCGCCCCUGGAGGCUCAAUCCAAACAGCCCCGCGUGCACAACAACAUGAUAGGAGACUCCACCGACCAGAGCACCGUUUCUGCUGUAAAGGAUCCAGGUAGCGCUACCGAAACAGUCUUUGCUGGAACGAAUGCAUUAAGUCCUCGGCGUGCAGGCUUUGGUGCUACUGCGUCUCAGGCCCAAGUCUCGUCACAGAAGCAGCUCAACGAAUACCGAGAAAAACUCGCACGCGACCUUGAACGCCGCGAAAUGUCAGCUAGAGGGCUUAUGGCCAGCCCAAAUGAGAAGAUCAGGGUUUCUCCCAUCCCCGAAGAAGGUCUUGCUACUUCACCGCUCCAGACAUCAGCUCUCACGACAGCUUCAACCGAGUCGAACACCACCGUUCGAGGCGCUCCUACUCCAGGGCCUAUUGCCGGUACCCCAUCCUAUCCGUUUCCUCGCAUGGCGCCUUCCGGUUUCGUACCGCCGUACUUGCAUAGGCCCUUUACCACCCUCUCACCAACAGGCGCUCCUCGAUCUUUCAGUUAUGGCUCCUUUGAAGGCCUGGGCAUGGGUGCCCAGGACAAGCUUGUCUCAAGCACUUCGACUCCAGCGUCCAACUUCACAUUUAACCCGUCCGCGAUGUCACCGCAUCCGGAAAAUCCUGACUUCCCUAACCCUAACCUUUAUGAUCUUUCUUUAAUGCUCGCGGCUGAACCUGGCCUGGAUGCCUGGUGGUCGAAUGUCGUUCAAAUUAUGAGAGAUGUGUACAAAGCCGAACGUGUAACAUUAGCCAUUCCAGCUGAUUCAACAGACAUUGAGAAUGUCCCUUGGGGCCAGAAGGCCACCUUCAACCAGCACAGGGAGGAUGAUUUAAGCCUUGGGUACAUGGCUGCCAAGCACUCUAGCAGCAUCGGCCUGAGCACCAGCGAUUAUGAUAGAUCUGGACCUGGGUCAAUCACCGCACAGUCGGUUGCUGAUGAUACUAUGCAUGCCAAUUCUGCUACCCGUCCUGGUCUUUCCAGCCGGCAUUCAUUUACAGCGUACGAGGAGAAAAGGGAGGCUUCUCAGACCCAGCCCAAUGCACAGGCUCGCAGACCUGCAUUCUUGGCAAGGAGUCAAAGUAAUUAUCCUGCAGGCCGCCCCUCCAGGGAGGCCUAUGCUGAUUUCGCCAAACUGAAUAAGACGACACUUGACGAACACGACGCCAUUGAACAACAAAUCCCAAGUUGGGAAGCGCCACUCAUUGGUGAGAAGGAUGGCCAGGGGCGCGUCUUGCCUGUGCUGCAGGCUCUUGAUUAUGAGGCGGAUCCUCUCAUCGACCACAGCGGAGUUAUGCGUGUGCUGGAGCGUGGAAGAGCCAUCGCACUUACUAGAUCAUAUCCUUAUCUCGCCGAUGAAGCUUCCACUGAGCCUUCGAGGAAAUCAAAACCCGCUGCGCAAGAAACUUCUUCGAACGCCCCCAAGAACCUUUCCAGACCUCGAUCCGAUUCGUUUUCGAAGCUAUCAUCAAUAUUCAACUCAGCCGGCUCCUCCCGUGUGCCAUCUCGCAGCAAGACCCAUUCGGCUGCCGACAGAGCAAAAUCGAUAGCUUCACGCCUGGAAGGUCGACUAGAAGAGGAUAUACCUCGGCCUCCGACUCCAAAGUACGAAGAGUUCGAACAAGCACCGCCAUCGCCUUGGUCUCAAUCGCCAGCUCCGUCUCCGGCAGUGCGGGCCGACCCGAAAGAGAACCCGUUUUUCACAGAUGCCAUGGUAGAUGAAGACUCCUUCAACCCAGACACCGGCACAGAUGACUACACUGGUAUCCGCCCACCUGAAGCCAUCGGCGUAGACAAUUCAUGGACGGUUCUACAUAUUCCGCUUUCCCAUGUCCUUCUUUCGAAACCCACUCGUACUUUUAAACUCGACAGCACUUUGAUGGAGCAAAAAUCUCAUUCUCGCACCAAGAGCGAAAACAUUUCUGCCCAAAGUGAGGAAGGUGGUCGCAAUACACCAGACAGCUUAAAGAGAGACAAGUCGGCACCCAUUGCAAUCAUAUCGAUCCUCAGCCCCAUUAUACCUUACCCAUCGAACUUGAAGCACUCUCUCGAACACCUCGCGCCUCAUAUGGCCACAACGUUCUCACUGUGCCGACACUAUAGCAAUCUCGAGACCGAACUAGCGGGGUUGCAACGGAAACGACCACAGACGGCCGGGUUUGGAGCUGUGGCACAUGAUGGACGUCCUUUGGAAAACAUGGCUUAUCUUACUGCCGACGAAAUUGUACCCCAUCAGUCGCUGGCCGGCAGUAUGACAAGCCCAAGUGAUUACUCAGGGGUUUCUAAGAGUGCUACGGGAUCUCCUUUGGGAACACCCGGGUGGGAUCAGGGGUCUGGUGGCUUUGUUUCCGAGAAGCGGCCACCGCCGACUUCGAGUCCUGCUGCUGCACCUCAAGGAGAAGGCUACUUCACUUCCAGACAGAGGCCAGUGCCUACACGACACGAGACAUUUGGCGGUACUGGUACCCCCAGAAUAAGAACCAGCUCGAAAGAAUCCUCGCCUGCUGAGAAGCGAAGCACUCGUCUUGGCGGUCUCUCUCUUUCACAGGAGGGUUCGGACCAGAGCAUCUCUGUCGACAAUAAGACUGCUCGUACUUCCUCUAACGAAUCGACGACCGAUUCGACGAAAAGGGUUUCGCAAGGAGAUUCUCUUGAUGUCAGUAAAGAUGCUCUGCAUCCCAUCGAUGAUGACAAUUCAGCUCAGAAUUUGGCUGACACUCUCAAGACUGGACGCGGUAAUCGUCAAGGGCACAGUAUGCUUCAUUCUUAUGGUGCAGAUUUCGCUUCAACCUUUCAAUCUCUCCCACCCAGUUCCACGCUUUCGGCUCGACCGACUCCUGUUAGCGCGCCAUCUCGAAGUGGCUCAUUGACUACCACAGCUGUUGAUAUGCCACCACCGUCUGACAGACUAAAGGGACUGAUCUUAGACUCAUUACCUGCUCACGUAUUUGUUGCACUGCCCCAGACUGGGGAAAUUGUUUGGGUCAACAGUCGCUAUCUGUCUUAUCGAGGCCAAACAGCAGUCGAUCUCGCUGCAGACCCUUGGGGAAGUCUUCACCCCGACGACCGAGACGAAUAUCUGAAGGCAUGGGGCCACUCUAUCCGCACAGGAGAACAAUUCUCGAGGACGGUCCGGAUCAAGCGAUUUGACGGUGCCUAUAGGUGGUUUUAUGCUCGGGCUGUUGCCUCAAAGGACAAGAGGGGAGUUAUCAUGCAGUUUCUUGGAUCUUACAUGGACAUUCAUGAUCAGCAUAUUGCUGAGCUCAAAGCUGCCCGACAGGAAGAAAUCGAAGCGUCCGAAGCCAAACAUCGAUUACUCGCCAACCUUAUCCCACAAAUCAUCUUUACAGCGACCGAAGAUGAAGGGAUCACCUUUGCCAACGAACAAUGGCUGUCAUACACUGGCCAAAGUUUCUCGGACUCACUCGGCCUGGGUUUCAUGGAUUUUGUACACCCUGAUGAUCUUGCCAAAUGCCGCAUUCCUACAACUCAACCUCCAACACCAGGCGGACAAAGGCGCGACGGGCAGAACAGUACAUACCAACAAGAAUCUCAACAUUCCGAAGCUACAUCGACUAGCACGAUACAAGCGUCUAGAACCCGCACGCCGCAAGAUUCGCCUAUGCGUGGCACACAGCAGGUGCUAUCUCGACACAACAGCUCCAGUGGCAGCUCAGCUUAUGAGUGGCCUACUGCAGACUUGACUGAACUGGCUCGAAAAGGCAUCAUCAAAGUGGCGACCGACAGCGCUGGCCGAGUUUCGUAUACCACCGAGGUCCGCUUGUUAUCCAAGACUGGAGAAUACCGUUGGCACCUGAUUCGCUGUGUUGAAAUUGACACAAUUGAUUUUGGCAGUGGUGCUAGCUCAUAUUUCGGAUCGGCAACGGACAUCAACGACCACAAGCUACUCGAGACCAAGCUCAAAGAAGCAAUGGAGACCAAGGGACGAUUCCUCAGCAAUAUGUCCCAUGAAAUCCGCACUCCAUUAAUUGGAAUCUCUGGCAUGGUCAGCUUCUUGCAGGAUACUACCUUGAACGAAGAGCAACUUGAUUAUACCAACACGAUCCAGACGAGUGCCAAUAGUUUGAUCAUGAUCAUCAACGACAUUCUUGAUCUAUCCAAGGUUGAUGCUGGCAUGAUGAAGUUGAAACACGAGUGGUUCCACACCCGUUCAAUGAUCGAGGAUGUAAACGAGCUCGUUUCAACAAUGGCCAUCGCUAAGCGGCUGGAGCUGAACUAUCUUGUGGAAGCAGAUGUUCCUGCAUGGGUCAAGGGCGACAAAGUUCGAAUCCGCCAGGUUUUGCUUAACGUCACGGGUAAUGCUAUUAAGUUCACUGCCGAAGGUGAGGUCUUUAGUCGGUGCCGCGUGUACAUGGCAGAGGGUUCCAAUGUGGAUGACAACGAAAUCAUGCUCGAGUUUUCUGUCACUGACACGGGACGUGGAUUCUCCAAGGAGGAAGCCGACUUGAUUUUCAAACCAUUCAGUCAGAUUGAUGGAAGCAGCACCCGCCAACACGGUGGUAGUGGUCUUGGCCUCGUUAUCUCACGACAACUAGCCGAGUUGCACGGCGGUAACAUGACGGGCAGAGCUACACCUGGAAAAGGAUCGACUUUCACCUUCACAGCACGAUUCGGUCUUCCUACAGCUGAAGACCACCCCAACUUGCCUGACAGCCCUCCACCUACUGGCGCUUACACGCCAAGACCCGAGGUGGUAGAUAAUGUUCCCAGCAGCAUCAAACCUCUGCCGCCACCGAGACAUCUGCGCAAUGUUGAGAUCGCCAGUCCUGGAGGCACAACCUCCGAAUUUACGUCGCCUGGAGGCCUUUCGGUUAGCAGCUCGAACCUAUCUGUCCGUUCAACAAAAUCACAAGUCACCGACCGGUCGUCUGCAACAUCUGUCACCGGAGGUCUGGCUCGCUUCAGCGAAGCAGCCAAGGCCAGUGGACAAGAUUUAUCCCAGAUGAAGCUGGAGAUGCCCUCAGGACGCAGCUCUCCUGGCACUCACCUGCUACCCAGCGUUGGAUCACCCGAAGACUUCCGACCUCCCAUGUACUCAAUCCUCAUCAUCUGUCCCCAGUUUCACAGCCGCGAGGCUACUACUCAGCACAUCGAGAUGACUCUACCAAAGGAUGUCCCCCACCAGAUCACAGCUUUGGCAAGCGUCAAGGAGGCACAGACACUGAUCAGUGGAGAAGACCCUAUAAAGUUUACACACAUUGUUAUCAACCUCCCCUCCCCUGAGGCUAUCAUUGGAUUGAUGGAUGAUAUCACAAAGACGCAGAGCAUCGAACAGACGACCAUUCUCGUCUUGUCGGAUUCUGUGCAAAGGCAAGCAGUUAUCAAAUUGGCGGCUGGCACCAAGUAUGCACAGCUCCUUUCGGACAACCUGGUGACAUUUAUCUACAAGCCUGUGAAACCGUCCAGAUUCGCCGUCAUUUUCGACCCGAACAAGAUGCGCGAUCUCAGCAUCGACCGCAACCGGUCUACAGCUCAGCAAAUGGUCGAGAAUCAGAAGGCUAGCUACCAGGAGAUUGAACGGCGCAUGGGCAACAAGGGCUAUCAAGUGCUAUUGGUUGAGGACAACCCUGUUAACCAAAAGGUUUUGAUGAAAUUCCUCAAGAAGAUCGGCGUCGAUGUCGAGAUCGCCGUUGACGGCGCCGAGUGUACCACCAUGGUUUUGUCAAAGCCUCACAGGCACUAUUCCCUUAUCCUGUGUGAUCUCCAUAUGCCCCGAAAGGACGGUUACCAGGCAUGUCGUGAGAUUCGUCAGUGGGAAGCUGCCAACCGUUAUCCCCCAAUGCCAAUCAUCGCCUUAUCGGCCAACGUCAUGUCAGACGUUCAGGAGAAAUGCGCUGCGGCAGGAUUCAGCGACUAUGUCGCGAAACCUGUUGAUUUUAUCGAUCUUAGCAGAGCCAUGUCCACGUUUUUCUGA